GCUGCAUUUGAAGCUCCACUGCUUUUAAACCAGUUCUCUAACUUCUAUCUGGCAACCUCAACACACUCUGCUGCCGUCACUGAGGUCAGGUAGACCGAGCGAAGAUGGCGACCGCCUACGAGAGAUACAAUUUGCACACAACCCCAGAGAAGUUCUUCAUCGAGGCCUGUGAUGAGGGGGCUGAUGCUGUCCUGGCAAUUGACAGGGUCUCCAAUGAGAUGACCCUCACAGGGAAAAAGGAUGUUCCUCCCUCAGCGGUCACCAGGCCUAUCUGUGGCAUCAUGGGAACCAUCCGUAUGGUAGCAGGGAUGUACCUGAUCGUCAUCACCAGGAAGAGGAACGUGGGCAGCCUCAUGGGUCAUGCUGUGUGGAAGGCAGUGGACUUUGACAUCAUCUCUUACAAGAAGACCGUGCUGCAUCUGUCUGAGAUCCAGUCUCAAGAGAAUAAGACCUUCCUGUCCAUGAUUAACAAUGUGCUGACUACAGACGGCUUCUACUUCUGCACUGACUACGACCUGACACACUCACUGCAGCGGCUGGCCAACACCAGCCCUGACUUCCAGGAGAUGACGCUGCUGGAGAGGGCGGAUCAGAGGUUUAUGUGGAAUGGAAAUCUGCUGAGAGAACUGGCUGCACAGCCAGAGCUUCACAAGUUUGCGCUACCUGUUGUCCAUGGCUUCAUUGUCAUGAAGCCAUGCCGUAUAAAUGGGAAGAUCUUUGAGUGGAUCCUCAUAUCCAGGAGAAGCUGCUUCCGGGCUGGUGUCAGAUACUACGUCAGAGGCAUCGACUCUGAAGGCCACGCUGCUAACUUUGUGGAGACUGAGCAGAUUGUUUUGUAUGAGGGAGCAAAGGCUUCGUUUGUACAGACACGAGGGUCCAUGCCUUUUUACUGGAGUCAGAGGCCCAACCUCAAAUACAAACCCAAACCCAUAAUCAGCAAAACCAUCAAUCACUUGGAUGGUUUCCAGAGGCAUUUUGAAUCUCAGCUCCUCAUCUAUGGGAAGCAAACCAUUCUGAACCUGGUGAAUCAGAAGGGCUCAGAAAAGCCACUAGAACAGGCCUUUGCCAAGAUGGUGUCUGGUAUGAACAAUGGAAUGCUGCAUUACAUCGCCUUCGACUUCCACAAAGAGUGCAGCCACAUGAGAUGGGACCGUCUCCAGAUCCUGGUGGAUGAUGUCGCUGACACACAGGAUGAUUACAGUUUCUUCAUGGUGAACUCUGAGGGGAAGUCGCUGGUCCAGCAGAAAGGAGUGUUCCGCAGUAACUGCAUGGACUGCCUGGACAGGACCAACGUCAUCCAGAGCCUGUUGGCCCGACGCUCCCUACAGUCUCAGCUGCAGAGGAUGGGGGUUCUGAAUGUGGGGCAGCGGGUUGAAGAGCAGGCUGACUUUGAAAAGAUCUACAAGAACGCAUGGGCUGACAAUGCCAAUGCAUGCGCUGUGCAGUACGCAGGAACUGGAGCCUUGAAAACAGACUUCACAAGGACGGGGAAGAGGACCCGGUGGGGGCUGCUGAUGGAUGGCUGGAACUCCAUGAUCCGCUAUUACAAAAACAACUUCUCUGAUGGCUUCAGACAAGAUUCCAUUGACCUGUUUCUGGGUAACUUUGCUGUCGAUGAGUCCGAAGGACCCACUCCUCUUCGUGUGCAGAAGGACUGGAAGUUCCUCACGCUGCCCAUCAUUAUGCUGGUGGCGUUUUCCAUGUGCAUCGUAUGUCUUCUCAUGGCUGGUGACACAUGGACGGAGACUCUGGCUUACGUGAUGUUCUGGGGGGCCGCCAGUACCAUUACAGCCACCAUCAUCCUGUUUAACGGCCAAGACUUUGUGGACGCCCCAAAACUGGUUCACAAGGAGAAGAUGGACUGAAUAUCGUGUAUGUGUGUGUGAGGAGCAGCUGGGCCCAGCAGGCUCAUAUACCUCGUCAUCUUCACCAUCUUCUUCUCCAGGUCUGGACUCUAAGACUGAUCUGCUGCCUCCAUACCUCCCCCAGGCUUCAAACAGUUUUUGGUUCAUUUGUCUGCGACAUGUUUCACUCGCACACACUCCUGCACAAGGUUUACAUUUAAUUUCCCACAUUCCUCAGACUGUAUCUCUGCGUUGGUGUUGUCAGUGUGAGGUUCAGUGAUGUCACUUAACGCAACUGUUACAGCGUUUUACAGUUUCCACAACAAUUGUAAUUUUUAUACUCUACUGCUAAUGAUCCUAUUCGUUUAAAGUAUCUUUCUGUUCUUCUUUGUUACACAUCUUCUAGUUAAAGCUGCAUUAAUUAAUUGAAUUGGCUACAGGGAGGCAACAGGAACAUAUUGAAGUUGAUAUUGAGAACAUGUUAGCAAACACAGAGCAACAUUAUCAUCCCAUUCAUCGUUUUAUUUUGGUCUCCAUCAAUGCCUGAGGAAAAGAUCUAUCUCAGCUAGUCUCUAACUUUGUGUGUUGGAUGCUGAGCAGAUUGUGUUCAGUGUGUGUAUCAGAGCUGCUGCCGCUGCCGCUGCCGCUGCCGCUGCCGCUGCCGCUGCCGCUGCCGCUGCCGCUGCCGCUGCCGCUGCCGCUGCCGCUGCCGCUGCCGCUGCCGCUGCUGGAGACAGAGUUGAUGAGAGCACAUUUGCAAACCAAAACAAUGACCUUAAAGAGGCUUAAAAACCAGUUGGGUGAUGGUGCUCUGUUAGUUGGACACCAUGAAUGACCCUUUUCACAUUACACACAGUCAUUAGAUUCAUUCAUUUAAAUAUAUUGAUUAGUGCAGCUUUAAAUAAACUUACUGUAAUUGUAUCCAUCCCAAACUGAUGAUUAAUUAAUGUCAAUGAACCGUAAACAGUCUCAGUCAGAUGUGGCAUUUAAACAUGCGCAUAUUGAACCAUAUACUGUCUGUACUGUGUCUAACUGAUGAAUGGAGCUCUCUCUAUAGUAUGUACAUGUAGAUUAUGAAUAUGAAUGUACCAGGCCUUACAAACAUUCGUUUGAAGUAUAAAUAUUUGGCUAAUCUGUAUGUAACAGGUGGAGUUAGAGUGAAUAAUAUGUCUUCCUAUGAAUCUAACUUGGGAGAGUAUGCAUGAUGAUUCUGUUGUAGCAGGGGCGUAGUGCUUUCUUCACCAUCAUGUUUUGUUUUUUUGCACUUUGGAGAACUAUGAGAUGAUCUGCCUGCAUAUUGAUGUGUCGAUGAUGUAUUGAGGGUCUGUGGUUGCUUCCACCACACAUGUCUCUGAUAUGUUCAGUGAUUAAAACAGGUCCAGUGUGGUGCUCAUUGA